AUGUGAAUGCCAAAUUUGCUGGCGUCAAAGCAAUGGAUAUCAGGAAGGGUCAGAUGGUCAAUCUUAUUCAGCAACCGAGGAUGUAUCUUUGAGAUUUCCCCUAUAAAUACGACGAGGAGAUACUCUAAUUGCUGUUAUAGUUUAAGCAAGCAACGGAGGGUUCACUUCGAUUUGCGGUAGUGCUCACUCGUCGUCCUACUUUCUUUCCCAAAGUCGAAAACUCUUCACAUUUAUUCAUGAUGAAGUUUUCACUAGUUUCAAUCAUCGGUCUUCUGUCAAUUGCUUUUGCUCUUCCAGUUGAAAAUACAGAGCGAGAUGUACCAAUUGAAGAGAGAGCCACAGCCCCAACUGUUACAAUUGCAUCCCCAGCAGCGACAAUCAUCGGAGGUGCCGGUACAACUGUCGAAACCUUUGCUGGUAUUCCAUUUGCCAAACCUCCCGUCGGUGCACUUCGACUCAAACCACCUCAACCUAUCACUUCUGCAUUAGGUACCGUCAAAGCAACAGCACAAGCUGCUAGCUGUCCCCAAUUCUACUUCAGUAGUGUAGUCAAUGAUGCAAUUCCUACAUCAGCACUCGGUCUUCUUCUGAACACACCCAUUUUCCAACAAGUUCUCAAUUCCGGAGAAGAUUGUUUGUACUUGAAUAUUCAAAGACCCGCUGGUACUACUGCUUCAUCGAAAUUGCCAGUCUUGUUUUGGAUCUUUGGAGGUGGAUUUGAAUUAGGGGGAACGGCGAUGUAUGAUGGAUCUUCAUGGGUAGCUGAAAGUAUUGCUCAGGGUAAACCGAUCAUUUUUGUGCAAGUGGCUUAUCGGGUCGGUGGUUUUGGAUUUUUACCUGGUGCUGAAGUUCUGGCUGAUGGAAGUGCAAAUUUGGGAUUGUUAGAUCAGAGAUUGGGCUUGCAAUGGUACGUUUCGCUGUCAUUCCGUCAUCUUCAAUAUCUUGUCUUUAUUGCGCUAUUAUUGCAUACUUCAUUACUCAAUCAUAUUUGAGCCUUGAAUCUCUUACUUUCAUUUUAAUUCCUCAUUUAUUACUCUCAAAGGAUCAGACUAACACAGUUUCAGGGUUGCGGAUAACAUUGCCGCAUUUGGUGGAGAUCCAUCAAAGGUCACUAUUUGGGGGGAGUCAGCUGGAGCAAUCUCAGUCUUUGAUCAAAUGGCUUUGUAUGGAGGUGACAACACAUACAAGGGUAAAGCAUUGUUCCGUGGAGCCAUUAUGAAUUCAGGAAGUAUAAUCCCGGCCGAUCCCGUCGAUUGUCCAAAAGGUCAGAAGAUCUACGACACAGUCGUAGCUUCAGCAGGAUGUUCUGCGGCAAGCAAUACUCUAGCUUGCUUACGAGGUGUCUCUUACUCCACCCUUCUCAAUGCAACAAAUUCUGUCUCGAGCCUCCUAAGUUAUACAUCCGUCGCCCUUAACUAUCUCCCUCGUCCAGAUGGAACGGCUCUUCCAAAAUCACCGGACCUUCUCCUUUCUUCCGGAGCAUGGGCAAAAGUCCCCUUCAUAAUCGGCGACCAAGAAGAUGAAGGAACAAUCUUCGCUCUCUUCCAAUCAAACAUCACGACAACAAACCAACUCGCAACCUAUUUCUCCAAUGUCUUCUUCAACAAUGCCCCUGCAUCCGUCAUAACCGGUUUACUUGACACAUAUCCCAACGACCUUAUCUCCGGUUCUCCCUUCCGAACCCUCCUACUCAAUAACUGGUAUCCACAAUUCAAACGCCUAUCCGCCAUCCUCGGCGACCUAACCUUCACCCUCACCCGUCGCAUCUUCCUCCAAACCACACUAAAAGUCGCCCCCAACGUCCCCUCCUGGUCCUACCUCUCAUCUUACGACUACGGCACCCCGAUCCUGGGCACCUUCCACGGUUCAGAUAUAUUACAAGUCUUCGAUGGCAUCAAUGCGAACUAUGCGGCGGCGGCUAGCAAAGCUUAUUAUCUCAGUUUUGUCAAUACCCUCGAUCCGAAUAAUGGGACUAGUACAUCGUAUCCGAAUUGGCCGCGCUAUAGCAAUGGAGCGAAAUUGGUUAAUUUCUUUGCGGAUUUUAGCACGUUUAUCAAUGAUGAUUUUAGGGGGAAAAGUUACGAUUUUGUGCUGCAAAAUUUAGCGAAGUUUUAUAUUUGAGAUGUGUUUGGAUGGGAAGGGAUGUUAUGGGUGCGGAUGCAGAUGCAGAUGGAGAAAUUUGAUGUUUGGGUUGGGCUUGCUGGAUUUUGAGAGGUUGUAUGGGUAUGAAUUAUAAGGUCUUGAUAUUAAGAUUAUACCUAGUGUAAGAAAGUUGGAAUUAUAGGUCAGAUACAUAAGGGUUUUUAAUUAAUCAAUUAUAUAACCUUUUGUAAUUAGAUAUAAAAAGAGAGCUUUUGUUCCUUCUUUUGAGAAUAAUUAAUCUUUUAUAUAUAUACAUUUGAACUUAUAUA